CAUAUACGGACCGGUCCAUUUUUUGACUUUUUCUUUUUUUGUCUGUCCGAACGAUUUUAAAUUCAACUUUUAUCUCCCUCAUGAUUCGUCCCCGUCUUUCAUUCUCUGUCCAAUCACUUCCUCUUCCAGUUCUCAUUUCCCGGGAAAGAUGCUGGAAAAGGUUUUUAUUGAAGAAGAGAGGGACUCCUCUAAGUGUUCAACUAAAAAGGUUGAUCCCGGGAAGCCUGCAUCACUGACCUGGCAGCGGAUUUUAAACAGUGAGGGAAGAGCCCUUUCGCAGUUCACUCUAAGUUUGAAAGAGAUGGUUCAGAUGGCUCCGAUAGGAUUUCGGCUGUGGCGCCAUGUCCGAGAUGAGGAAGCUAAAGGAAAUGGGGUUUUUAUAAAUCCAUUUGCAAAGCGCCUUGUAACAUCUUGUCAUGGCAUUCCCUUAGGCGGUAUAGGUGCAGGAAGCAUUGGAAGAAGUUACAGAGGUGAGUUUCAGCGCUGGCAACUAUUCCCUAGAAUAUGUGAAGAAAAACCAGUUUUAGCAAAUCAGUUUUCUGUAUUUGUUUCGCGCUCAAAUGGUGAAAAAUAUUCUACAGUAAUGUGCCCAAGGAGCCCCGAGCUGCUUGAAGAAAAUGCAGUUUCAGGGAUUGGAUCUUGGGACUGGAAUCUGAAUGGACAUAACUCUACAUAUCAUGCUCUAUUCCCAAGGGCUUGGACUGUAUACGAGGGUGAACCUGAUCCGGAACUUAGAAUAGUUUCUCGUCAAAUCUCACCUGUUAUCCCCCAUAAUUACAAGGAGAGCAGCUUCCCUGUCUCAGUUUUUACUUUCACGCUGUACAAUUCUGGAAAGACUGCUGCAGAUGUCACCUUGCUUUUCACAUGGGCAAAUUCUGUCGGUGGUCUUUCUGGAUUUUCUGGUCAGCACUGCAAUUCAAAAAUCAUGAUAAAGGAUGGUGUGCACAGUGUACUUCUGCACCACAAUACUGCAAAUGGACUACCCCCUGUGACCUUUGCAAUUGCAGCAGAGGAGACUGAUGGAGUUCAUGUCUCUGAGUGCCCUUGCUUUGUGAUAUCAGGUAACUCUCAGGGUAUCUCAGCAAAAGACAUGUGGCAGGAAAUAAAGGAGUUUGGAUCCUUUGACCGCCUCAAUUCCUCUGAGCCAUCAGUGCCUUCAGCAACAGGAUCAUCUGUUGGGGCAGCCAUUGCUGCCUCUGUUUCAAUUCCAUCAAAUGCAGUACGUUCUGCUACAUUCUCGCUGGCGUGGGACUGCCCUGAAGUAAAUUUUUUGAGUGGAAAAUCUUAUUACCGGCGUUACACUAAGUUCUAUGGUACUCAUGGUGAUGCUGCUGCAAAGAUUGCACAUGAUGCCAUUCUUGAGCAUGGCCAUUGGGAGUCCCAGAUAGAAGCAUGGCAAAGACCUAUUCUUGAGGACAAGCGACUUCCUGAAUGGUAUCCCAUUACUCUCUUUAAUGAGCUCUAUUAUCUAAAUUCGGGGGGUACAAUUUGGACAGAUGGAUCACCCCCGAUGCAUAGUUUAGUGAGCAUUGUCAAAAGGAAGUUUUCCCUUGACAGGUCCAGUUCAGGUCUGAAGGACAUUAUUGAUGUACCCCAUCAAAAUGAUACUGCUGCUGAUAUUCUUGAAAGGAUGACUUUAAUACUCGAGCAAAUUCACACCAAAGUUUCAUCAAAUUCUGCAUUUGGAACAAAUCUGCUUCAAAAAGGAGAAGAAAACAUUGGGCAAUUCCUUUAUCUUGAAGGGAUUGAAUAUCACAUGUGGAACACCUAUGAUGUUCAUUUCUACUCGUCUUUUGCACUAGUCAUGCUAUUUCCAAAACUCGAACUUAGCAUCCAAAGGGACUUUGCAGCGGCAGUAAUGAUGCAUGAUCCCAAUAAGAUUAAACUUUUACAUGAUGGACAGUGGGUCCCAAGAAAGGUUCUAGGAGCUGUUCCUCAUGAUAUUGGAAUAAAUGAUCCAUGGUUUGAAGUAAAUGCUUAUAACCUUUAUAACACUGAUAGGUGGAAGGACUUGAAUCCAAAAUUUGUUCUCCAAGUUUACAGGGAUGUGGUUGCCACAGGUGAUAAGAAGUUUGCAGAAGCUGUUUGGCCGUCUGUUUAUGUCGCAAUGGCUUAUAUGGACCAAUUUGACAAGGACAGAGAUGGGAUGAUUGAGAAUGAAGGCUUCCCUGAUCAAACUUAUGAUACGUGGUCUGCAUCUGGUGUGAGUGCAUAUAGUGGUGGGUUGUGGGUGGCAGCCUUGCAGGCUGCAUCGGCCAUGGCACAUGAAGUUGGUGAUAAGGGUUCUGAAGAUUACUUUUGGUUUAAGUUUCAGAAGGCAAAAGGUGUGUAUGAGAAAUUAUGGAAUGGUUCUUACUUUAAUUAUGACAGCAGUGGAGGAAGUUCAAGUUCAUCUAUUCAAGCUGAUCAAUUGGCUGGACAAUGGUAUGCUAGAGCAUGUGAUCUUUUUCCAGUUGUUGAUCAAGACAAGGCAAGAAGUGCACUGCAAAAGGUCUAUAAUUACAAUGUCUUAAAGGUGAAGGAUGGAAGGAGGGGGGCUGUCAACGGGAUGCUACCUGAUGGAAAGGUCGACUUCUCUUCCAUGCAAUCGAGAGAAAUAUGGUCUGGAGUCACUUAUGCUGUUGCUGCAACAAUGAUCCACGAAGAUAUGUUUGAUAUGGCAUUUCAGACUGCAGGUGGAGUCUAUGAAGCUGCAUGGUCCGAGGAAGGACUUGGUUAUUCCUUUCAGACACCUGAAGGUUGGACAACCGAGGAGCAAUACAGAUCCCUAUGUUACAUGCGGCCUUUGGCCAUAUGGGCGAUGCAGUGGGCGUUAACGAGACCAACAACUAUGGAGCCGGAGAUGAAAGCAGAAGUGAAGGAAGAUUCUCUGUUUAGGGCGCAUUCUGGAUUCUCAAAAGUUUCUCGACUUUUAAAGUUGCCCGAAGAGAGAACGCGCAGAAGAAGUCUUGUACAGGCUGUAUAUGAAUACACUAGGAAGAGGAUUGGGAUGUAGCUGGUACAGUUUCUGCUGCUGUCUCCAAGUCUUUAAAUUUAUUCUUUUUUUAAAACAGAUAAAAAUAAAA